GGGGAACUAACCACCAAUUGUUCAUGCAAAGACGUUGGGAGCUUUGAUAGCACACUUGAAGGGAGAACAGACGGGAAGGACUAAAAUGGCGAACAACAGUUCGGGAUGUGAAAAUAUCACUGGUCCACAGUUGAACAACUCAGAGUUUUCAAACAUGGAAAUUUUCAAUAUAUUCAUAUACUUUGUCGUCCUUGCUCUGGGUUUUGUUGGAAAUGGGCUUGUCAUAUAUGUGACUGGCUACAAAAUGAAGACGACCGUAAACUCCAUUUGGUUUCUCAGCUUGGCGAUUGCGGACUUCAUCUUCAUCUUAAUCCUCAUCCUGUACAUUGUUCAUGCCUUUAACAAGAAGUGUUGGCUCUUUGGUGACUUCAUGUGCAAGUUUGCUAACUUUGUGACGGUGCUAAACAUGUUUGCAAGCAUUUUUUUGCUCACUGCCAUCAGUCUGGACCGAUGCCUGUCCACCUGGGUGAUUGUUUGGGCUCAAAACAAACGAACUCUGGUCAAAGCCAGGAUCAUCUGUACACUCAUGUGGGUUUUAGCCAUUUGCUGCAGCAUCCCAUUUGUCAUGUGCCGCUCAGGAGAGAAUUACAAAUGUGCCUAUGUUUGCGAUAUAAGCAUCACAAAGUCUCUGUUCAUAUACAGGUUUAUAGUGGGCUUUCUCAUCCCCUUUCUGAUCAUUGCAUCUUCAUACAUUGCUAUCGGAGUGCGGGCCAAACGUCUCAAAAGAGGAAAGAAGCUAAAGCCUUUCCGGGUCAUUAUAUCUGUAAUCCUGGCCUUUUUCAUAUGCUGGUUUCCUUUUCAUGUUCAACAACUGUCUCUCGUAAUUGCAAACGAAAAUGGGUGGAAGGAAACUGAAAAAGUAAUCAAUCAAAUGGCUCCAUUUGUUAGCUGCCUGGUUCAUCUCAACAGCUGUCUGAACCCCAUUCUCUAUGUGUUCAUGUGCGAGGAGUUUAAAAUGAAGCUUAAACAAUCUCUGCUGCUGGUGCUGGAGACUGCUUUUGCUGAAGAUCAUCAGUCUUUCCGAACAUCUCGCGCUUCCACAUGUUCACGCCUCUCAGAGUCACAAGGUCUCAAACAGAAUAAUGAAACAACCAUCUCAUCAUGCGGCAGUGGGCAGGACAGCAAUACUUGCUGCUAGAAAAUCAGUCUCAGAGAUAUUCAUUCCCCAUGUUAGACUGAAGUGAUCUGAGAAAGUGUUUUAGCAAGCUCGUGCCGCAUUACGUUGACGGUUGAUGAUGCCUGCCAUCUCAUUCCAGAGGUUCAAAACCAUAUUGUUUCAAAGACAGUCUUAAGGUUUAAAUGUUGCAAUGUAUGUGCCAUCAUUGUCAUCAAACUAAAAACAAUGACUUUUCAUUGUUGACUCUGACAUGCCCCCAUUUUCCACUGGCUGGAACAACUGGUAGCCACGCCCCAAACUCACGCCAUUGGUCAGGACAAUGUUGCUGCUUCUAGUUUGGUUGAAAAUUGUUUGUGUUGUUUAUGCUUUUAAUGGAAAGCCUACAAAUGAUUUAUUUUAUACUUGACUUUGACUUUGCUUAUUAAAGUGGCUUUGUAGAAAUAUUUUCAAGAUAUCUUUCAGUUUCACAUAAUCUUGUCACUGACUUGUUUUACACAAAAGUUUAGCCACAUUGUAAUACUGUUAAUAAAAAGCUCUAAUAUAUUUUGCUAACGUGUAUUUAAUCAACAAAACUGAAGACAUUCUGUCUACAACAUUUGGUCUUAGUUUUUUAUGAAUACAAUUUGUAUGCUAAUUCUGCCUGACCUUUAUUAGACAUAAAACACAGUCACAACAUUAAACCUAUACCAUAUAUAUAUCUCGAUAUAUACCUGUCUGUCUAUCACUGUCUAUACCAGCCCUGCGCCAAAAGCACUAUUACAGAGGCUGACGUGUGUUUGUGUAAUCAAAUCAAUAAUGCAUUGAGCAGUUGACAUUAAUGAAAUACUUUUCCUUUUAUGGCGAGUGCAGCUAAAGCAGGCGUUGAAAGCAAUGUGUGGAGGAAAAUAGAAACUAAAUAGAGGAUGCUAUAAGGGCACAUAUAUACCUUAAUCAGAGGGCAGCUAACAUGAAGAACUCAUAUUAAAAUGUGAGGUAUUCAUUAUAAUUAUAUCCAUAAUAAGUCACGACUACACGGGGUAUAAAAUGACGUGAUUUACUGAGAAUGAGCUGAACAUCUAAAUGCCCCACUAAUGCAUUUUGGAUAAAUUGAUUUUUUCAUUACAAUGUGACUUGGACGGACUCCAGAGAGCAUCACUUCUCCAAAUUAUUUCUGUUUCCUGUCAAUAUGAAUAAGUCAUCAUCUCUUACCGUUAAGAAGAUAUUUAACCAAGUGUUAGGAACCAGUAGUGACUAGACCAAUCAACUCACAGUACUAUUCAGAAAACCGGUAAGAUUAAUGACCUUUUACUUAAAGCUCUUUUUAAUUUAAAUAUUUCGCAGGUUUAACAUUUCUGGCAAUAUGUUUUUAUUAAUUU